AGAAAGCUCUGACAUUUGGUCCCAAAUUUCUUAUUGAACACGGUACAGCCGCUGGAACGCGCUGCCAAAAUCCCUGAGGAGAUCCGUACAGCUGGUGGUGAGGAGCCUCUGAUCUGUGCUUUACUGUGACGCCCCAGCAUGUGUACAGGGGGCUGUGCCAGGUGCCUGGGGGGCACCCUCAUUCCCCUGGCUGUGUUUGGUGUCCUGGCAAAUAUCCUGUUGUUCUUUCCUGGAGGAAAGGUGGUAGAUGACAACAGCCACCUUUCAGAAGAGGUGUGGUACUUCGGAGGAAUAUUGGGAAGCGGAGUCUUGAUGAUCUUCCCCGCGCUGGUGUUCUUGGGCCUGCAGAAGAACGACUGCUGUGGAUGCUGCGGCAAUGAGGGCUGUGGGAAGCGAUUUGCGAUGUUCACCUCUAUAUUGUUUGCUGUGAUUGGAUUCUUGGGUGCUGGAUACUCAUUUAUCGUCUCAGCUGUUUCCAUCAACAAGGGUCCUAGAUGCUUCAUGACCAAUAAUACAUGGGGAUACCCCUUCCACAAUGGUGAUUAUCUUAGUGACCAAGCCUUAUGGAGCAAGUGUGAAGAGCCCCAUAAUGUGGUCCCCUGGAAUCUCACCCUCUUCUCCAUUCUGCUGGUCAUCGGAGCGAUCCAGAUGAUUCUCUGUGCCAUCCAGGCGAUCAAUGGCCUCCUGGGAACUCUCUGUGGAGACUGCCAGUGCUGCGGCUGCUGUGGGGGUGAUGGACCAGUCUAACAGGUUCUGAUGAGCUGCACAGUCUACAGUACUGCAAGUGGGAAGAAAGGCCCCAGGCCCAGCCCUGCCCACAUGUGUUGCUAAUUCCUGUCUGGUUCCUCUCUGCCAGAGCUUGGGAGGCCCAAGAGAUCCUUUUCUCUCUCCAAACAACUUAGCUCAACCUAGA